UAACCAUAUUUUUUCCACAUCCGCUUCUUACUUGCAUCUAUACUCUUCUUAGUUGCUCCUUGCGAUUUCUUUUUCACUUACAAACUGUUGUUUCUGAACUGGGUUUUGUUUCUACAAUCCACGGUCUCAUUUCUGCUUGAUGGUGGCUUUUACUCUGUGUUUCUUUCCUGUUAUUUGGUUUUUUUCUUUUUCAUGGGCUCUGAAGGAUAACUUGAUUUCUCUGUUGUAAGCUAGUACAUGGAGAAUUCGAGAUUCUUCAUAAAUAAUUGAUAUCCUGCAAUUUUUUCCUUCCUUUUUGAGCUAUGCAAGUGACAUGCAACUAAAGGGUUCCAAAGUUGUGCAUGGAAGGUUGUUGUAUUGUUUUUGAGCAUUUUUGGAGUUUAUUAUUUUCAGGAAUUAUUUAUCACCUCAGGUAUCAUUUCAAGUUCCAAAAUUUUGUAGACAGGCUCAUGGUAUUGGGAAUGUGGAGGAAUUGUCUUUCUUGAUUUCAAGAUUUGAAGCUCAGAAUAUGCUUAUUUCCAACAGAAAUAUACAAGUUAAUCAUCAAUGAUGUUGUUCUACUCUUUUCACAGAUUUGUCCUUUUUUCUUUUUUGCAGUUGGUUAAAGUAAUUAGAGGGUUUAUUGAUGUUUGCUCCACUAUUACUAGCCAACUAAACUAUUGAAAUGACCACAUGCGGUUUGGCAAGAGAUGCUUUGAACCUGCUUCGUGAGAGGAAAGGAGGAUAUGACAUUGUAAUUAGUGACGUCUACAUGCCUGACAUGGAUGGUUUCAAACUUCUGGAGCUAGUUGGACUGGAGAUGGAUCUUCCAGUCAUUAUGAUGUCUGUUGAUGGAGAGACAAGCAGGGUGAUGAAAGGCGUUCAACAUGGAGCAUGUGAUUAUCUUCUUAAGCCUAUACGAAUGAAAGAACUCCGGAAUAUAUGGCAGCAUGUAUUCAGAAAGAAAAUACACGAGGUAAGAGAUAUUGAAAUUCUCGAAGGGAACGAAAGUUUUCAAAUGACUAGAAAUGGAUCAGAUCAAUAUGAGGAUGGGCAUGUGCUCUGUGGAGAAGAUCUGACUUCCAUAAAUAAAAGAAAGCAUUUUGAAAGCAAGCACGAUGAAAAAGACACUGGUGAUAGUAUUUCUACAAAGAAAGCAAGAGUAGUUUGGUCAGUAGAUCUUCACCAGAAAUUUGUCAAAGCCGUAAAUCAGAUAGGAUUUGAUACCACAUCUUUGCCAUCCUUCGAUGGAGCAAUGACAGGUAGUGUCUGUUUGGCAGAAGUUGGUCCCAAGAAAAUACUUGACAUGAUGAACGUGCCAUGGCUAACAAGAGAAAACGUUGCUAGCCACUUGCAGAAAUACCGUCUCUAUUUGAGUAGGUUGCAGAAAGAAAACGAUUUUAAAAAUCCUGCUGGUGGGAUAAAGCAGUCAGAUUCACCUUUAAGAGAUUCUGCAGGAAGUUUUGGCUCUCAGAACUCCAUCAACUUGCAGCACAAUGAUGUUUCGAAUGGGAGCUACAUAUUUUCUGGUAGUAGCUUAGUUGUCCACAAUGGGGAUCCUAGAAGCCAUGACAGUGAUCGAAAGAGACUUGUUUCGACGCCUGUGGAAGAACCCAAAAGAACCUUAACUGUUAACGUUCCCAAUCCUCGUAUACCCAGAAGUUCACAAAUGGAAUUUGGUCAACCCCUGGCACCUCCACAAUCAGAAGUAGACUUUGGAGCAUUGGAUUCUACUUUCCCAACAAAGUAUCCUUGGUGUGGAAUUCAACUAAAAAAAGAACAUAAUCCACUUCAUUUGAAUGAUGAAUUCAGCCACCUUCCACUGCCUGGUCAAAAGCAGCUUACCCAAGCUGAUUAUCCACAACCUGCUCCAGCCAUCAGUUCCGCACCAUCCUCAACACCUUCUCAUAACGAGUACAGGAGCAAUGUUAACCAUGCAAGGUCAACAGCUAUUGCGGUUGACUCUAGCCCUAUUCAAACAAAGACCGAUGUGGCAAAUCAUCAAGCUGUUGAGCCCAAUUCCAAGAGCACACCAAGUUUGGAAAAUCAAGGCUUCAAUAUGAAUUCCAUUACAGAAUUUGAAUCUUCCCGAAAAAACAUAAAUUUGGGAAUGCUACCUUUCACAACUUUGGAGGAAGACUUGCAAGUAUGUUGGGUUCCAGGUGAUUGCUAUAUGAAUCUCGGACUCCAGAACAUAGAGGUUCUGGAAUACUUCGACCCAGGUCUUAUCACAGACGUACCGGUAAACUUGAAUGAUGGGCUGAGGUUUGACUAUGAGUUCUAUGACCCCACAGAAUAUUCUCUAAUAGAUCAAAGCUUGUUUAUAGCAUGAUCUUCCUCUCCCUUCCGUUCAUGUUUAGUGAUGAAGGAUCACUUGCCUUGCCUUUUUCUGUACCAAUACAUUAUAGGAGCCUUCUAACUCUGGGUUGGGAUAUUUUAUUUUUGAUCGGUCUGGUCUUGGAUGUUGAAACACGUAUAACAGGAGUGAUGGCAAACAACCAGCAUAAUAAUGUCUGUCACUCACCUCUGGUACCUGCAUUACUGUGCUGUAUGCUGCAUCUGUCAAAUUCCUUACAAUGUAUUAGCUGCCAGAAGUAGAAAUCUUAUCAUCGCACAUCUCCUUCUGAUGCUUUAACUGAAA